AUGCUGUCGAGAAAGUCCUUCAGUGGUUACUUAUCCAUUGAUGCAAGAUGGACGCACAGGCGAAACUCGCCAAGUUGUACAGUAACUGCGCUCGAUGCUGUCACAAAAAGAGUUCUUGCAUGCGUGAACAUCAACCAUAUUGGUGGAAACAGACAGCAUGCUCAGUAUUCCGGAGCUUCCAACAAUAUGGAAAGUGCUGGAACUCGAAUCAUCUUGAAGCAAUUAAAGAAAUACAAUAUCUUGAAAGAUGUUAAAGAGAUUAUUAAAGACCGAGAUAACAAAAGUGUCUCUGUCUUUAAAGAAUUUGGCGUCUCUCAUCUUGAAAGAUUCGAUCCAGGUCAUGUAUCAAAAAAUAUCUCAAAAGAUUUUACAAAGUUCUCAGCUUCUCAUAAGACAGUUGAAGUUUUCAACGACAAGACUCAGAAGAUUGAAAAAAUAGAGAGACCUUUCUGGGGUCUGAAUGCAAGCCUAAGUAUGUGGCUUUGGUCAUGUUUUGCCGAAGAAAAUAUUGACAAACGUACGAAAAUGUGGGAGAAUUGUGUCUACCAUUACGUAGGCAAUCAUUCUUUUUGCGAACCGCACAAUUACAAAUGCUUUGAAUGGCAAAAAGGUGUCAAUUCGAUCCAACUUCAAUUCAUGCUCUAU